CCGGAAGUGGUCCUUCAGCUCACUCCGACCCCUGCGUGGGGCGGCGCGCCGGCUGGUCUGGGGAAGGGGCGGGAGCGAGGGCCAGAUGUGGGGAAGCGGAGCCGGAGAUGGCUUCGGCUGGAGGCGGCGACUGCGAGGGCGCUGCGCCCGAGGCCGACCGUCCCCACCAGCGGCCCUUCCUGAUCGGGGUGAGCGGCGGCACUGCCAGCGGGAAGGCAGGGCCGCCCCGGCGGGCGCGAGGUCUGGAGAGGUCGGCUCCCUGCUGAGCGCCCAGGAAAGGCUGCGCCGGCAGGAUGAGGCUCCAGGCGGGAACUGGCUGUCUCCCCAGUCCACUGUGUGCGAGAAGAUCAUGGAGCUGCUGGGGCAGAACGAGGUGGACCAGCGGCAGCGCAAGCUCGUCAUCCUGAGCCAGGACAGGUUCUAUAAGGUCAUGACGGCAGAGCAGAAGGCCAAGGCCCUGAAGGGACAGUACAAUUUCGACCACCCAGAUGCUUUUGAUAAUGAUUUGAUGCACAGGACUCUGAAAAACAUUGUGGAGGGCAAGACUGUCGAGGUCCCAACCUAUGACUUUGUGACCCACUCAAGGUUACCGGAGACCACAGUGGUCUACCCUGCGGACGUGGUUCUGUUUGAGGGCAUCCUAGUGUUCUACAGCCAGGAGAUCCGGGACAUGUUCCACCUGCGCCUCUUCGUGGACACAGACUCCGACGUCAGGCUCUCUCGGCGAGUUCUCCGGGACGUGCACCGAGGGCGGGACCUCGAGCAGAUUCUGAGCCAGUACACCACCUUUGUCAAGCCAGCCUUCGAGGAGUUCUGCCUGCCGACGAAGAAGUACGCGGACGUGAUCAUCCCCCGAGGGGUCGACAACAUGGUGGCCAUCAACCUCAUAGUGCAGCACAUCCAGGACAUCCUGAACGGUGACAUCUGCAAGUGGCACCGAGGAGGGGCCAACGGACGGAGCUACAAGAGGGCCUUCUCUGAGCCAGGAGACCACCCCGGCGUGCUGGCCUCUGGCAAACGGUCGCACCUGGAGUCCAGCAGCAGGCCCCACUGAGGAGCCGGCGUGCGCUGCUCCCGAGUCCCGGGGGGUCCCCGACAGAUGCGUAUCCUGGGGCCGGGCCUGCAGCUUCCCACCUGCCCCUUGACAUGCAGCCUCCACCCCCUGUGCGUGUUCCGGGCUGGGAGUAGGUCAGGGCAAGGCCUUCCUCGCUUUUAAGUGGAAAAGCAACCUGACAGCCUGGAGCCAGGGCCUUCUGGCUGUUUCCAUCGCUGCCUCCUGUUUAAGGAGGCCGAAGACGCGCUGAGGCCCCUGAGAAAUGUGAGUGUGGGGGAAGCCAGAAGGACGCAAGCCCACACUUCCAGGGAAAUGACGGAGCCGGCCUGGCCCCCGCAACAGGGCCGGUGUUUGAGUCCGCCGUGAGAGGUUCGCCCGGCAGCGUGAUGCGCUUCUCACGAGUCACCUAGACGUAACGGACUGCACACCCUCGUGUCAUGUGUCGUUCUCAUUCUGUUCCGUGACACAAGGCUGGCAGUGACCUGGAAACUUAAUUUCCUGACCCCUCCGAGUUGUGAUCCAGGGUGGGAAACGCGGGCGUGGGAGCCCCAGGGAGCAGUUCCUCCGGCUGGCCUGUGCCUGGGAGGCAGAGAGGUUGGGCACCUAGGACCAGCACUUACUAACCAGCAUCAACCCCUAAGGCAGCUGGCAGCCAGGUCCGCCCUGGCUCAGUGGGUCCACACAGCCCUGCCUGGGUCUGUGGCCACGGCCAGGCUAUGCCACACGCUGCCUCCACCGAGGCCCAUGCUGGCUCGUAGUGGACAGGCAGGUGUGGCCCUCGACACCAGCCACCUCCCUCGUGCCAGUCUAGAGUGCAUGACCCCACAGAUGGCUGUCCAUGCUGUCCCUCCCCAUGACAGCUGUGGCACCCUCUGCCAUGGGCACACUAGCCUGCACGGGCACGAGAGCCUCCUCUGACCCCCGUGCAGCCCAGAUGUGAGGCAGCUGGGCCCAGUCCCAUGGCUGGGUUCUGGCAAGUUGGGAACAGUUUUGUCAAGGUACGCCCUUUGGGAAGGAGAAUCAAUAAACAGCAUCAAAUACGGGU